AUGUUGCCGCCGAGAAAGGCGGAGGUGGAGGUUGGGGUUGGGGAGGAGGGCGCUGAUGUUGAUGUUGCGCUGGAGGAAGGGUUUCCGGGGGCGUUGGGGGAUUUGGAUCUGGCAGAUGGUGAGGGGGAAAAGGGUGGGGAUGUGGAGAGGAAGCAGUUUCUUAGGGUUGUGAGGGCACAUGCGCAGUUGCAGAAUGUUAUGAAGGAGAUUGAAGAGAUGAAGAAGGGGGUUGGGGCUUUGGCUGGUGGAGAGUCUGAGGAGGAGGAGGAGUCUAGUGGUGAAUAUGAGGAUUAUGGAAAAGGAGAUGGUGGCUGUCAAAUCGGCUCGGACGACUCAGUCGACUCAGAUGAGGCUGUUGACGAUGUUGACGAUGCGGCUGGUGAAGACGAGAUGGAUCUUGUGGCCUAG